AGACCCCGCCCCGCAUGGCGGCCCUCAUUGAGGAGCUGUUCCGGGCGGCGGGGGCCCUCAGCGAGGCGGACGGCGGCGCGGCGGAGGUACAGCGCUGAGCGCCGCCUCUCCUUCCCUGUGCCUGGGGCGCUCAGUUCGGUGUUCUCAUCUUUUAACCCAGUGGCCUGAAUGCAAUACGAAGCGUUGUGUUUAAUGAGAGAACUCAGCGCGUUGAUUCCGAGCCAUGCCCUCUCUGUGAGGCUGUGAUCCGUCCAGGAUGGGGUGCUGUGUGUCACAUUCUGGGGUGUUUCCAGCCGCCUGCUUGUAGGCAUGUCUUCUAUAAGCUAUGACUGAUGGAAAAUCCACAGCCCUCUGGAAUGCGUUCUUAACAGAUCUUAUUGCCUUUAUGCAAGGCUGCAUCAUCUUUUAACAAGAGUUUCUAGUCAGUAGCUUUUGUUCUUUUAUCUGAUAAGAUCAGAAGUUUCUCUGUGUGGGUACUUAAAAUAAUUAAGCUACUUAAUAUCGUUGGCUUGUUGGAGCGUGUCCAGAGGAGAGCCACAAAAGUGAUGCCGGGAAUGGAACGCCUCCCUGUGAGGACAAGCUGUGCAGCAUGGAGAAGGGAAGGCUGCAGGGAAGGCUGAGAGCAGCCUGGUAUCUACAGGGGCUGUAAGGAAGGAGGGGACAGACUGCAUAGCAGGGUCUGUUGUGAUAGGAUGAGGGGAAAUGGUUUCAAACUAAAAGAAGGGAGAUUUAGGUUGGAUAUAGGGGAGAUGUUUUUUACAAUAGGGGUGGUAAGGCAGUGACACAGGGUGCCCAGAGAGGUGGUGGUGUCCCAUCCCUGCAGCACUCAAGGUCAGGCUGGAUGAGGCUCUGAGCACUGAUAGAGCUGUGAGUGUCCUUGCUCAGUGCAGGCAGUUGGACCAGAUGGCCUUUCAGGGUCCCUUCCACCUCCAACUAUUCUAUGAAUACAGGCCAAAGAGUUAAAGUCCUACAGAUGCGUUUUCAAAUCCGAUACAAUUCUCACAGCUCUUUUCCAGUCCCUUCUGCAACAUCUGUUUAAAAGAUUGAAGAGGGUGCCAUAAGCCUGUGGAACUGGGCUGUAACCAAACAUGCGGGUUCUGUCAUCAGUGAUGAGCAAAGAGCUAAAUGUAUGUAUGCAUUCUUUUCCUUUCUAAAUGUGUUUUUGUGCUGCAGUGUGAAAAGGAAAAGCUCCCUGCUGACAGGUACAUACCUAGUGCUGUGGGUUGGUUUGGAUAUUUGCAGAUAGGGUAUAGACAGAGAAAACUGAACAGACUUACACAACAAGUUUGGGAAGAAUCACCGUGGUGUAACAGUGAUCUUCUUUGUGGCACAGAAUUGGUGUAAGUAUUUACAUCACUCCCUCUUUCUGUGCCAGAGCAUCAAUAAAGAGGUGAUAUUUCCAAAAGAAACUGCAUUGCCUUUUAUUUAUGCUAUUUUAAUAUGCUAUUUUUUAAGAUCUGUGAGUGUGUGGACAUAACACUGACAUAAAUAUUUGACUGUCAGUUUCUAAAACGUGAGGCUGUUUUUAAUGUGAUUAUCUUACCUGUAUUUAUGUACAGAAAAAAAUCUAAAUCCUUUUUUUCACUGCCCUGCCUUAGCAUCUAUAGCCUUCUAUACACAGCCAUCUAUGUACAGCUGGGAGGUUUGCUUAGAGCUAGGGAAAAGCAAAGUGAGCUUUUAGUCUAUGCUGUCAACCAGUUCUUUAUGUGGUGCUACAGGACUGCAGUAUCUGGCCUACAUUUUUCUCUUAAGGGAUAACAGUUAAAAUUAAGUAUAAUCUGCAUCAUGUAAGUGAUGUCAAGUGAAGGGAAAAGGGUAAGUUUACACAAAAUAAGUGAUAAUUGUUGUAGAACAUAAUGUUCUCAGAUCUUCUAUCACAGCUGAAGGGCCAGGGAGAGGCUAUUUUAAAUACAUUAAGUGGUAUGUUUUCUACCCUCAGUGUAUAAAAAAGGCCAGAAAAUACUUGUGCUUUUUACUUUGAAAACAUAAAGAUUAUUAAACUUGAUUUCCCUAUUUUGCUGAAGGCUGUUUGAGGUGCUCAAGACAUGCUAGUGUGAGCACCUGCAAUGUAAUUAAGUCUUUGAAUACUGUGUCUUUGACUUAAACUCUCUCUAAAGUGUUUAAUAGACAUUUUGAGGAGAAUAUCUUGGUAUCUUGGGGUGGUUUCUUUUUUCUUUUUGAUGCCUGAAAAGCAAUUUUAAGCAGCUUGACUAAAAUUUUAAUUCUGAAGCUUCCAAAAGUUUCUCUCUCAUAACUUUAAACCAUCUUUGGGAUAUGGCAGGGCCUGACUUUCUCAACAACAACAACAAAAAGGAACUUAAAAAUAUAUGCCUUACUUUCUUGCAGUGAGAUUUGUUGCUUGUAGGCUGGUGCGUCUUUGUGAAGGCAGCAAUCCUCCGGAGGUAACCAUUCGGAGGCAGAUUUUGAUGUCAAUGAAAACUGGUAAAGUUUGGAUAGAUAUUGGCAAAGCUGAUCUUGCUGAUGAAUUCUUAGAGAUUGCCAUGAAUAGCAUAGAAAAGCUGUAUGCAAAAUUACACAAGGAGGGCGAUGGUGAGGCAGAUAUUCAUGUGUGCAAAGCUGAUGUGGAGAAGGACCUCUUCAAAGUGCUCUCUUAUCAGGCUGAAUCAGCAGUUGCUCAGGGGGAUUUUCAGAAAGCAACGCAAUGCGUGCAGCGCUGCAAGGACAUGUUGGUGAGGUUGCCAAGAGAGAGCCGUUACCUGGCAAUCCUCUGUUAUAACUUCGGAGUGGAAACCUAUGACUGUAAGAAGUAUGAGCAGAGCUCCUUUUGGCUCAGCCAGAGUUAUGACAUUGGGAAGAUGGAUAUGAAUAAUUCUAUUGGGAAAGAGAUGCAGGCAAAAGUGCUGCGGUUGUUAGCUACAGCCUAUUUUGAGUGGGAUUGCAGUCUGUAUCUUGACAAGGCACUGAAGGCUGUCAACUUGGCAAACGAGGAGAAUUUGCAUCCAGCAGGGUUUUUUCUGAAAGUAAAAAUUCUUCUUAAAAGUGGAGCAUCAGAUGAAGACAUCAGCUCAGCUGUUGAAGAAUUCCAGCACCAUGAGAUGUCUUUAGACUUUUGUUUGAAUACUGCCAAACUGCUGCUGGAGCAUGGAAGGGAAUCAGUUGGCUUUGAUUUUCUGAAAUCUGUUGCUGAACGAUUUGAAGCUUCACCUGACUUUGGAAAAGUCACCCUGCUCUACAUCGAGUUCUUGUUGCAGAAUAAGAGGGAGCUGCUUGCUAAGCAAAAGGUUGAAGAAAUUAUUAUAGGUCACUACACUGGGAAACAACUGUUGCCUGAAACCUUGAACCGACUGCACAUCAUCUUGUGGGACAGAGCUGCCAAACAUUAUGAGGCAAAAAGCUAUUCUGAAGCUCUUAACUGGUACAACUAUUCUGGCAGCUUCUAUACACCUGGGCAGAUAGAUCAGAAUCUGGCUAAGUUGCAGAGAAAUAUGGCUUCUUGCUAUCUUCAUCUGAAACAAAUUGACAAGGCUAAAGAGGCGGUUAAAGAAGCAGAGAGGUGUGAUCCAUACAGCAUCUUUACUCAAUUCAGUGUCUAUAAGGUUGCAGUGAUGGAGAAUAAUACCGAUAAAGCUGUGGAAGCAAUUAUUGAAAUGGGGAAGCUAGCUGAAAAGCCAUCUGAACGUGAAGACAAGCUGAUAGUGGGUGAAAGUAUGAGCACUAACCUCUUGACUUUGGCUGCCCAAAUUGCUUUAGAGAAUGAUCAACAAGUUGUGGCUAUCAGAGCUUUGGAGCACCUGUCUGAACAUUCACAAGACUGCCAACAAGUAUUUGCAGCAUUAAAAUGUUUGGUUCGUCUUAUGUUGUCAAAUGUAGAAAAAGAAGAGAAAAGAGAUAAAGACAUCAAGUCGAUGCUGACUUAUUUGACCUUGGCUCACCAGAGACUUGCUGAGCCUUUCACAGAGGAGAAUUUGACAAGAGAAGUAAGGACUUCGGAAGCCCACUGGUUUAGAAAAGUUGCUUGGAACUUAGCUGUACAGCUCAAGGACUGCCCUGAAAAGAUGAGGGAUUUUUUUGUACUAUCUUUCAAGUUGUCCCAGUUCUGUCCCUCUGACAAAGCUGUUCUAAUUGCUCAGAAGACAUGCUUGUUAAUGGCAGCUGCAAUUGAUCUGGAGCUGGGGAGACAAGAAGUAACACUUUCUGAGCAGGUGGAGUUUUGGAAUCAGGCUCUCCAACACCUUCAGGCAUGCAAAGAGAUAUGGAAAGUUCUGAAAUUAACGGGAGAUUUUUCUAAAGACCCAACAGACACUUUGUUGCUGCUCUAUGAAUUUGAAGCAAGAUCCAAGCUUAAUGAUCCAACACUUAAUAACUUCAUUGAGUCACUAUGGGAGCAACCACACGUAGAGAUCAAGACACUAGAAAUCAUUGCAUCAUUAGCAAUGGAACCUCCAGCUCGGUAUCCUGUACUGUGUAAGAAAGCUCUGAAGAGUGCAGUAAACCUUUACAAAAAGCAAACUAUCACUGAUGCUGUGAAAUUUAGCAACUGCUUACAUAGUUUGAUUAAUGUUUCUUUGCCAACCGGAGUGACAGACUUGGAUGCCUGUGUGCUGCAGGAGGUGUGGGGCUACUUUGAAGAUGCUCUGAGUGUAGUCAACAGCACAGAUAGUUAUCCAGAGAUGGAGAUCCUUUGGUUGAUGACAAGAGCCUGGAACACAGGAAUGUUUCAGUAUACCGUUGGUAAAUAUCAGGAAGCAGAGCAGUGGUGUGGAUUAGGAAUGCGUUUCCUCAGUCAUUUAGGAUCACUGAAGAAAAGCUAUGAGGGCCAUAUGAUCGGUCUUUACAGUGAGGUUCUGGACAAAUUGGACAGAGUGAAAGAGUGUCUUCCAAAUGAAGAAUGAUAGCCACAACUGCAGAAAAGGAGGACAGCAGUUGGAAACAUCCUGCUGAAGGAAAGAGGCUGUUAGCUCUGCAGGGGCACAGGAGCAGUGGAAAGGAAACCAGAAUCCCCCUCUUGUUGGCUAUUAAGUUAUGUGUUUAUUGAAUUCAUGUUAUUGUUUCCCUCUAGGAGAGUUUCAUUCUGUGGAGCAAUGUAGCAGAAAUAAAUACGUAAGUUUCUCUUGAGAUGGUUCUGCUGUUGU